AUGGGCAACUCAGCACCUGACCUCAAGUGGGAAAAGCUUGCUCUAGUUGGCUGCGGCAAAACCUCCAUUGUCUGGCUGGUGCGUAAUACUGUGACGAAAGAGGUUCAGCUAUGGAAAUACACUCACACGCGCGACUGUAGCACAGCUGGAGAGGGAGUCGUCCUAGCUUUGCUCCAAGGCCACGAUAAUAUACAAAGGCUGUUCCACUGGGACGAUUACAAUCGAUUGCUGGUUUUGAAGCGCGCUAAUGGAGGAGACUUGCACGACUACACGCUUGACCACUAUGGAUCAACACGACAAAGAAUGCCGGAGAUAUUCAUUUGGCAUUUUCUGCGAAGCAUGGCAGCUGCUUUGGCGUAUUGUCAAGCGGGCUGGAGGGAUGGCGAUCCGUUUGUUGUCAAAGAGGGGUGGAGACCAAUCAUUCAUCAAGACGUCGCUUCAGGCAAUAUUCUCUUGGAAUGGCAUAAGAACGAAGCACUGCCUCAGCUGAUCCUGAGCGAUUUUGGUGAUGCAACCUUUCUCGACACGAUGCCGUCUGCUGACUAUGACUACCUCCUUCGGGCAAUGCGAGCUCGAGAUCCGACAGCCUCGCAUUUGAAACGUGACCUUCAACGCCUCGGAAGCAUUCUUCAGUCUAUGCUUGUUGUGCACUUGUUUGGCGGAAACGCUGAAAAGAUGCAAGAAGAUUACAAUGUGGAUUUGGCAUUCGACUUUGCUCAGAAACAUGGCGAGCCAAUAUUUUCCCGCGAGUUGACGGACUUGGUGGACCAGCUGGCCUAUAACGAGUUAACAGAUAAGAGCACAAGAUUCACAGAUGCUCUAGAGUUUGCCAAAGAACUGAUUCCAGUUGCCAAUGCGAAGAUUGCCGAGCUUGCCGAAACGGAUACGAAGCUUCCUGGCAGACCAGCUGCUGGCCUCGACGACGAGGACUCUGGCUCUUUGUCGUUUCAUGCUCCCCUUCACAAAGACAUUUGGCCCUUCAUCAGAUAUUAUGAAGGAGAGUCGAUACGCACUGGUGGUCUUAAAAGAAAGCAUAGACAAGGAGAACUUGAUCCUCAAUUCACCAAGUACAGGGCUACCCGUAUAGAAGAGUUGACAACACGGCACAAUCAAAGGCCUUACUUUAUAAACCCAGGGCAAAUGGUUGAUUCCAUUUAUUCCUGGGAUGUGCAGGGCAAACAGCAAUUCAACGCAGAGCAAAGCGUGCAUCAAAGCGACGACAAAUCCCAAGCAACAACCGACGAAAAAGAGCCAGAAGCACAUCUUCGAAAAAGUGAGAGACUGACUUCAGAGGCAUGGCUCGCUCACCAAGCGAUAGCGCAAAAGGUCUUGGAUUUCACCUCUAGGAAGUUUUCAAAUGAUCCAGCAUACGCAGAGUACUCCAGGUUAGUGAAAGCAGAGCAAGUGGCGCUCGAGGAAUAUCGGCAGCUGCAACAACAAGAACUUGCUGCUUUAUUGGACUUCAGCUCCAAAAAUGCUUCAGUACCAGAACCCCAACAAACAGCAACCCUAUGCCAAGACUCUACCUGGCAAGCAGGUACGGUGGUUCAAGAAGAAUCUGGUACGUCUGCCAACAACAGGAUGGAGAUCGCCAUGACCAAUGCCAAGGACGGAACAUAUACCGUUAAGAUUGAGGAGGGCAAGGUUGUGGGUGUCUUGCCUGAAUGUGGAAAGGACAUAGUGGUAGAAGACAAGAAGGAGAUGAAUGUGGAAGAGAAGAAAAGAUAG